UUUUAGUCAGGCACAGUGUCAUUUGAAAAACCACUUUUGAACAUCAAAAUUUGGAAACACCUGCUCCAGGACUCAACUGGCAGCACAGCCCAGAACUGCCCUUUCCGCCGGCAGCCCACCGAUGUCUAAAUUGCACUGAGUACGCCUUUCUCUAGCAGUCACCAUAUCCAUAUACCGUGUUCCGGAUCCCGAACCCAUCCCAGACACAACCGAAAGCCAUCCCCAGCUGUCGAAGAGACAGCCCAAAGACACUACCGCCCCAGCUGGAGGUUCGUAUUUAUAUGUGUGCGGUUCGCUUGGCCAACCGCAAAAUUCUUGCCAAACAAAAUAAAGAAAACAAGGAGGAGAACUAACUUGGGCCAAAGCAAAGCAAAAGCAGAGCCAAGCGGCAACGGAAAUUGUUAACCUUUGGGGAUAUCAAACAUUUACGAUUGCGUGGCAGCGGCAGCAACAUUUAAGUUUUUAUCAGCACAAAAUAAAGUUUUGGUUUACGGAUUGUGUUCCUGUUCCCGCCCCGUACACCGCCCUCACCCGCAUCCGUUAUUUGGCCCAGUGGCAGCCACAAGUGCCCAGGAGCCGGGGCAGCAGCAAAAUCGAGGAGCAGGAGCUGGAUCAGGAGCUGAAAGCUGAAGGCUGAAGGCUCGUCCCUGUUGAUUCCGGGGCACGCAGAACUUUUAUCCUUUUCAAUUUCGCUCUUGGCGAGUACUUUUGAGGGAUUUAAAUUUCUGUUUGCUGCCGGGACAAGAGCGAAACAACCGUGGGAGCAGCGGCAUCGACUUGCUGGCGACCAGCCGUCAUGAAAGAGAAAAAGAAGAGCCGCAAAGCCACCUCACCAGAUCCUGAGCAACCUGGACCAUCGAAUGCAGUUAACCCAGAGGAUAACCCAUCGGACAUGGAAUAUCAGCCCCAGUCCCCUGGCGAAGAUGAUCAAGCUGUGCCCUUCAUAUUGGUGGACUGCUCGGCCUACACAGUUCGAUCCGAUCUGGAAGCAGUUCUUAGCCAAGUAGAAAAUGAGAGGAUGGAAAAGGUGCAGGCACUUAUAGGGGGCAACGAAGUACCUCAGUUGGAGGAUGUGACACCACCACCGGAACUGGACAUGCCCAUUAACCUAAGUUCCCGGGCACUGGCUAAGCUAAAAGAUGCAGAGGACGAGCGCCGUUUUCAGGAGGAUUUGCGGAAUCUUAGAAUUGAAGGGGUCGAUGCAGAAGAGGAAGAGAAAAUGACCCUAAGUGAGAGAAAUCUACUGCUGCAGACUACCUCAAAUCUGGAGCAGAUUCGCCUUAAGCUGGAGCAGCUGAAGAAACUGCAGGAGGAGAUGAUGUUGGAAUCGACGGAAUCGGUUCCGGAGAUAACUGCCCCACCUGCAGUUUCCGAUAGACCAGGUCUUCGCAGGGAGGGCACCUUCGAGAUUGAGCGUGAUGGUGACGAGAAGGUAGACCAUCCUGAGAUUUCCACAAAACCAGUAAGUAAAAAACAGAAGUUCACUCCAACGACUGAGCAGAUCAUCAGCCAGAUUGGCGAUCUCCUCAUGAAACUACAGCUUAAGCACGAGGACACUAAAGUCCUGAAUGAGGGAUCCUCAUACUCUUACAUGGUGACCAUUAAACCGGCUGGAGGUGCCUCCAAUUGCACGGUUCGGGCAAUUACAAAAGUCAAGUCCCUUGAAUCGAAGAUUGCUAUUGAGGCCAAGAAACUGAAAGCCUCCCAGGCUCCUAUCAUCAAUAUUUUCUCACCUGCUAGUUUAGGAGAAAAGGAGGCUACUCCGAUGACCAUGACCUCCCAUUGCAUCGAUGAGAGUUCCUUUGGUCCGAUGUCCCUUCCCGAAACCUCAUCUUCGCGGGUCAAAUCACCAAUUUUGCGCAGAAGAGCUAGCUCCUACCUGAAGGUUCCUACUCCUGCCAGAUAUUGUCACGGCAAGAAAAGAGAGUAAUUGGGAAGAGACCCAUACAAUUUCAGUUAUUCAAUUCAUUUGGAAGGCUUUCCAAACAAAUAUAUUUUUAAUUACCAAAGGACACGAAGGAAUGUGGGUUUUAAAUGUCAAUUAACGAGGAAUUUAAAUUACUAUUCCAUGCCAAUGAACUGUCACCAUUCGAAGUAUGGCAAACAAGUGAACAUUAACAAAUUAAUCAAAUGAUAAAUGGAUUUUAAUAUGACAUAUUCUGUGAUAAACAAGCUACAAUUAUAUAAUAUA